AUAAAAGAAAUAAGGAAAAUGGAGUAUCAAAACCUAGGAGACUCAGGUCUCAAGAUUUCAAAAAUCAUUGUUGGAUGUAUGUCAUAUGGGGAUAAGAAAUGGGCCGAUUGGGUAAUUGAAGAUGAAGAAAAGAUCUUCAAGAUUAUGAAAAAAUGUUAUGAUAAUGGGAUCAGAACUUUCGAUACCGCUGAUGUUUAUUCCAAUGGGAAAUCUGAAGAGUUAUUGGGUAAGUUCAUUAAGAAAUAUAGUAUUCCAAGAGAUAAAAUUGUCAUUUUAACUAAACUCUUUUUCCCAGUUGAUAAUGUUACUCCAGGUUUCAAACUUUCAAACUAUAAGACUGAAUUCCCUGCAUUUGAAUAUAUCAAUUCCCAAGGAUUAUCAAGAAAACAUAUUUUUGAAGCCGCCGCCAAGUCAGUUGAAAGAUUGGGUACAUAUUCUGAUGUGCUACAAAUCCAUAGAUUGGAUAGAUCUACCCCAAAGGCAGAAAUUAUGAGAGCUUUAAAUGAUGUUGUUUUACAAGGUCUUACAAGGUAUUUGGGAGCCUCUACUAUGAGAGCUACUGAAUUUGCUCAAUUACAAUUUAUUGCCGAAAAGAAUGGUUGGUUUAAGUUUAUCAGUAUGCAAAACUAUUAUAAUUUACUUUAUCGUGAAGAAGAGCGUGAAAUGAUCCCAUUCUGUAACGAUUCUGAUUUGGGCAAAGUUGGAUUGAUUCCAUGGUCCCCCAAUGCUCGAGGUAUCUUGACAAGACCAUUGUCCCAACAAUCUGAUACAAGAUCUGCAGCUUCAGAUAAAACUCAAACAUCCUUGGGCUUGGACGCUUUGAGUGAUGCUGAUAAGGCAACUAUCGAGAGAGUUGAAUCUGUAGCAAAGGAAAUUGGGGUCAGUAUGGCUGUGGUUGCCACAGCUUGGGUCAUUAGUAAAGGAUGCGCUCCUAUUGUGGGGCUUAAUUCUGAAGAAAGAGUUGACGACAUUAUCAAGGCAGUCCAAACGAAAUUAACCCCUGAACAAAUUGAAUUUUUAGAAGGUGCAUAUGUUAGUAAAGCCGUUGUUGGUAUUUAAACUAAGCAAUAAUAAUCAUCCCUCUCCA